CAUUAUCAAAAGAAGCAUCAUGAUUUCAAAGCCAAUGCAGAUGUGAUUAGGCAACAUACAGCCACCAUUAGAAGCCUUUAUGAUCACAACCAGAAAAAAUCAUCUGGCAGCAUGCCUGCUCAUACUUCCAGUACAGAACAGGACAAGACAAAGCUAAGAGCCCUCAAAUGCAGGCAGUGUAGCUACACAUCGCCUUACUUCUAUGCAUUGAGGAAGCAUAUUAAGAAAGACCACCCAAAUCUGAAGGCCACAGUCACAUCCAUUCUGAGAUGGGCAUUUUUGGAUGGCUUGAUAGAAUCAGGUUAUCACUGUGAAUGGUGCAUUUAUUCACAUACAGAACCAAGUGGUUUGCUUGUGCACUACCAAAGGAGGCAUCCUGAGCAUUAUGUUGACUAUACAUAUAUGGCAACUAAACUCUGGGCAGGUCCAGAUCCUGCCCCUCCUACUCUAGUGAUGCCAACAAUGACCUAUAAAUGCAGAGAUUGCAUUUUUGAAGCAUCUUACAUUUGGGAUAUUACUAAUCAUUACCAGGCUUUUCACCCUUGGGCCAUGAAUGGGGAUGAAUCUGUAGUGUUAGAUAUCAUUAAGGAGAAAGAUGCUGUUGGGAAAACUGGCACACACCUUGAUGAAGUUUGGACCAGGAUUAAUUCAGAAAACCAGGUAACAUCACAGAUGGAUCAGGCUGCAGAGGAUCCCAGACUUUCCCAGGAAAAAAAUGUCCAACUGGCUUCUGCAAACCGUGCCAUUUCUUCCACUCCAUAUCAGUGUACAGUUUGCCAGUCCGAGUACAAUAACUUGCAUGGCCUCCUGACACAUUAUGGCAAAAAGCAUCCUGGCAUGAAAGUGAAAGCUGCUGACUUUGCACAAGAUAUGGACAUUAACUCAGGAGCUGUGUAUAAGUGCAGGCAUUGCCCAUACAUUAAUACACGGAUUCAUGGAGUCCUCACACACUACCAGAAACGACACCCAUCAAUAAAGGUCACUGCUGAAGACUUUGUGCAUGACAUGGAACAGUCAAAUGACAUUACCCAGAUUGAUGUGGAAGAGACAAAUAGGAUUUUCAAGCAAGGAUAUGGUGCGUACCAGUGUAAAUUAUGCCCUUAUACCCAUGGCACAUUGGAGAAGCUCAAAAAUCACUAUGAGAAAUACCAUAAUCAGCCUGAAUUUGAUGUUUUUGCUCAGUCACCGCCAAAGGUGUCUGCCUCAGUGGAACCAGACAUGGUGACUGAAAUCAAGGCCUCCCCAGAAAUUUUUGCUGAGGAUGUUGGAGAUGUGUCUGUCCCAGCACCACAUUUCUCCAAUUCUCCCUUAGUGUCUCACAUGGUGUUCCGGUGUCAGCUCUGCAAAUACUUUUGUUCCACACGGAAGGGGAUAGCCAGGCACUACCGCAUCAAACAUAACAAUGUUCGGGCACAACCAGAAGGCAAGAACAACCUCUUCAAGUGUGCUUUGUGUUCCUACACCAACCCUAUCCGCAAAGGGCUUGCAGCACACUACCAGAAAAGGCAUGACAUUGAUGCUUACUAUACCCACUGCUUAGCAGCCUCCAGGACAGUAAGUGACAAACCCAAUAAAGUGAUCAUUCCAUCUCCUCCCAAAGAGGACACUCCUCAGUUAAGUGAGGAGCUGAGGAGUGCUGUGGAGAAGAAGAAAUGCUCGCUUUGUUCCUUCCAGUCUUUUAGCAAAAAAGGCAUUGUGUCCCACUACAUGAAGCGUCACCCUGGUGUUUUUCCUAAGAAGCAGCAUGCGAGCAAGCUUGGAGGUUACUUCACUGCCGUAUAUGCUGAAGAGCAUGAAAAAUCAUUUCCAGUUGAGGAAAGGAAUGACUUUGAAAGGCCUCAGGUGGACAGUGAGACUCAGGAAAUUGAGUGGCUUCCCUUCAGGUGUGUAAAAUGUUUCAAGCUCUCCUUCAGCACAGCAGAGUUGCUGUGCAUGCAUUUCACUGACCACCACAGCAAGGAUUUGAAGAGAGACUUUGCCAUGCUGGCAAGUGGCACCCGCUCUCAUAAUGCUGUCUACCAGUGCAAGCACUGUGAUACUAAAUUGCAUAGCACAGCAGAUCUGACCUCACACUUGAGUAGUCACAAUGAGGAAUUCCAGAAGCGUGCCAAACGUCAAGAGAGGAGGAAACAGCUUUUGAGCAAGCAGAAAUAUGCAGAUGGUGGUUUUGCAGAUUUCAAACAGGAUAGGGCUUUUGGGCACUUGGAAGAUGCUUCAAAAUUUAAAGAGAUGAAAGUGGUUGGUUACAAAUGUAAAUUUUGUGUGGAAGUUCAUCCAACACUUCGAGCCAUCUGUAAUCACCUCCGUAAGCAUGUCCGGUAUGGGAAUGUUUCUUCUACGUCAACUACAGUAAAGCAGGAAGCUGAAGAUUCUUCAAGCACAACUUUGAAGGGUUUUGAGGGAGCCAAAGACUCUGGCAUUGUGGAAUUUACAGAAGCCAAAUCUGGAGCAUCCUUGGAAGAUGAAACCAGUCCUGGGGGCUACCACUGCAGCCAGUGUGACCGGGUUUUGAUGUCUAUGCAGGGUCUGCGAUCUCAUGAGAGGAGUCACUUAGCUCUUGCCAUGUUUACCGGGGAAGACAAGCACAGUUGCCAGUAUUGCUCUUUUGUCUCUGCUUUCAGGCACAAUCUGGAUCGCCACAUGCAGACUCAUCAUGGACACCAUAAGCCAUUCCGUUGCAAACUCUGUCCAUUCAAGUCCUCUUACAAUAGCCGUUUGAAAACCCAUAUACUUAAAGCUCAUGUUGACUCUUCAUACUCGGAACCUCCUGAUGUUCAGCAACAGUUGAACCACUAUCAGUCUGCAGCUCUUGCCAGGAACAAUAACAUCAGCCCAAUCCCACUUUUUGGGAGUGUUGCAGGAGUGGAAAAAACAGAAGCUAUCCUUAACUGUGAAUUUUGUGAAUUCUCCUCGGGUUACAUACAAAGCAUUCGGCGUCAUUACCGUGACAAACAUGGAGGGAAGAAACUCUUCAAGUGCAAAGAUUGUUCCUUUUAUACAGGCUUUAAAUCUGCUUUUACUAUGCACGUGGAAGCUGGGCAUUCGGCAGUUCCUGAGGAAGGACCCAAAGACCUUCGCUGUCCUCUUUGUCUAUAUCACACCACAUACAAACGUAACAUGAUUGAUCAUAUAGUUCUGCACAGAGAAGAGCGAGUUGUUCCCAUUGAAGUCUGCUGUUCCAAACUGUCAAAAUACUUGCAUGGAGUUAUUUUCCGCUGUGAUAAGUGUACCUUUACCUGCUCCAGUGAUGAGAGCUUGCAGCAGCACAUAGAGAAGCACAAUGAACUGAAACCUUACAAAUGCCAACUCUGCUACUAUGAGACCAAACACACAGAGGAGCUGGAUGCUCAUCUUCGAGAUGAGCACAAGGUGAGUCGUAAUUUUGAGCUGGUUGGACGGGUUAAUUUGAAUCAGCUGGAACAAAUGAAGGGGAAAACAGAGAGCUCCAGCAGCGACGAGGAAGAAAAAGAGUUAAGCCUCAAGAGUGGAGAGAGAGAUUCUAUGAAGUUUCCUGACAGCAAAGCUCCAGAGAAGCGCUUUCCAUGCGAGUUCUGCGGACGAUUGUUUACAGAGGGCUCUGAGUGGGAACGACAUGUGCUGAGGCAUGGCAUGGCUCUGAAUGAAAGUAAGCAAAGGAUCAGAGAGGACAGCAAGCUGAAGGAGAACGUGGAAGAGAGUGUUAAUACAUUGAUAGUAGAAGAAAAGGAAAGCAUUGGGAAAAUGGUGGUGGACUUUUCCCAAAACAAUGAAACUGCAGUCAGUGUUGUAGCUGCUGACAAACCUCUCCAAGAGAACUCAGAAGCCAAAAAUGAAUAAGCAUUUGGUGUGAUUUUAAUAAACUUAGUUGAACAGUGAUGA